AUGUCUUCCUACGACAAGUCCAGGGCCUCCUCGGGCAGCAGGCCGUCCUUCUUCUCCCGAUCCAAGAACAAGUCCGACAAGCGAAACACGAGCGAUGACGGCAGGCACCUGGUCGCCGACUACGACACGGUCAGCUCCUUAUCAUCGCGCACCUCGCGCCACAACCGAGAGUCGUCCGUGAUAUCACUCGACCGCCCCAGCACCCCGGACUCGGGGUUUAACAUGAUGGCCGGCGUCAUGACCACCAUUCCCUACGAUAGCGUCUCUGCCGACCGGCGCUCACCAAUCCCCGUCGAUUACCUCCCGAAAGGUGACCAGAUGCCCGUCAGGCGCGAACUGCUCCCGCACCAACUAAACAAAGUCACCGGCGACUUCCACCAGUACCCGAACGUGGAUCCCUCUUCUGUCUACAAUCCUUCUGUCGGCCAUCUCUCCGGACCUCGGCCCCCGCCUGGCGCCGGGAAUAUUACCAUGGCGUCGACUGGACGUCAGACACAACUCCAGCAAUGGGGCCCCGGCAGGGAAAGCGGCGCGCCGGGCUCCCACAACUCCAGAUAUAACUCUUACACACCGUCCGCUGGGCGUAGCUCGGCAGACCAGUCGAGUAUCUUUUCAGGUAAUGGAGGUCCCUAUUAUGAACAGGCAGUGCCCAGUCGCUUAUCAAGAACAGCACUCCCCAGUGCCUCGUCCCAGUCGUCCUACUCGUCCCACCAGUCCCAGAGGGAUUCGCACCGCCUGACCAAGUUUCCAGGACCACAACAUUCAGGCUCAAGCUCACAGGAGGGCUUCUACUUCCCCAAACCUGACGACGACAACGUAAUCGAUCAGAUGUUCCAGGCACUGAUGCAGAAGCGAGGGUGGCACAACCUCCCGGAGCAGGCAAGGAGGCAGAUGAUGGCCUAUCCCGCCGUCAAGAAAUGGACUCUCAUCUAUCAGGACCGCUUGACGGAAUGGCAGGGCGAACAGAGGCGGAGGCAGACGGCCAAGAUCGGCCAGUAUUCGAACGUCGACAUUGCUCAGUACUCGGACGAGGAAGGGAGCCCCGAGUGGUAUGUCCGCAAAGUGAUGGGCAACGAGCUCGACGCCAAAGGUCUGGGCAGCCUGGAGGUCAACCUUAGGACCCAGCAGAUAGGCUGGGUGAAGCGGUUUAUCGAGUGCCAGGGUCAGGUCGCACUUACAAAUGUGCUGAUGAAAAUCAAUCGCAAGACCGCCCUCGGACCGGCGGGGCCUGACUCGGGCAAGGGAGAUAAGGCCCUGGACAAGGAGUACGAUAUCAUCAAGUGUCUGAAGGCGCUGAUGAACAACAAGUUCGGCGCUGACGAUGCCCUGACGCACCAGCAAGUCAUCGUGGCACUGGUCUCGUCCCUUAUCUCGCCGCGACUCACGACCCGCAAGCUGGUCAGCGAGGUUCUGACGUUCCUAUGCCACUGGGCCGACGGAGAUGGCCACCUCAGGGUCAUUCAGUCCAUGGACCUCGUCAAGAACCAGCAGAGCGAAAAUGGCCGGUUUGAUGCUUGGAUGCGCCUCGUCGAGGUCACCGUCGACGGCCGCGGGAAAAUGGGCAGUCUCGUCGGGGCGAGCGACGAGGUACGGAGCGGCGGCAUUGGCAUGGAGAACCUCCUGAUGGAAUACGCCGUCGCCACCCUCAUCCUCAUCAACAUGAUGGUCGAUGCCGCGGAGAAGGAUCUCCAGCUGCGAAUCCACAUCCGGGCGCAGUUCACUGCGUGCGGGAUCAAGCGAAUCCUGACCAAGAUGGAGGCCUUCCAGUACGACCUGAUAGACAAGCAGAUCGAGAAAUUCCGCACGAACGAGGCUAUUGACUACGAGGACGUGCUGGAGCGGGAGAAUAGCAGCAUCAAGGACAGCAUCGAAGGGGAUGUGAAGGAUCUAAGCGACCCCGUGCAGAUCGUGGACGCCAUCCAGCAACGGCUACAGGGCUCCAAGACGCAAGACUACUUCGUUUCUGCUCUCCAGCACCUCCUCCUGAUCAGAGACAACGACGGCGAGGAGCGACUCCGAAUGUUCCAGCUCGUGGACUCGAUGCUCAGCUACGUGGCCAUGGACCGGCGACUGCCGGACAUGGAUCUGAAACAGAGCCUCAACUUCACCGUGCAGAGCCUCCUGGACAAGCUGCACACCGACUCCGAGGCUCGCCAGGCUCAAGAUGAGGCUCUAGAGGCGCGGCAGAUAGCAGACGCCGCCAUGGCCGAGCGGGAUGAGAUGAGGGAGCGGCUGGCCCUUGGCGCGGACGGGUUGGUAGCGAAGCUCCAGAAGCAGUUGGACGAGCAGGCGAGGUUCAUCGAUGCCCAACGGAGGCAGGCCGAUGGGCUCAAAUCCGAGCUGGAGAGCCUGCAAACCGUCAGGAACAAGGAGGCGCAACGGUACGAGCUGGAGACGCGCGAGCUAUACCUCAUGCUCCGUGAUGCCCAAGACGUAGCUGCCGCCAACGCCGCCAAGGGUGGCUCGAAACUCGGAGACGACGACCCGGUGCGCAUGCAAGGAAUCCUCGACCGUGAUAGGCUCAUGGGACGGCUUCAGAUGCAGAUCGAGCGCCAGAAGACCCAGUUCAAGCUCGAAGGCCGAGUCUGGGGCGACGCUGCGGGCCCCUCGGACCGGUUGCGUGCGCUGCGAGAGGAGAUGGAUGGCUUUGCAGGGGCCGAGGGCACCCCUGGCCUGGGGGCACCCCCACGAGACCUUACCAACAGCAUGCUUGGUAGUGUUCGUCGGCAGACGAGGACACCGAGAAGGACCGUCAACUCACAGGGCGAGCGCAUCGAAGGCGGCGCAGAGGACGACGACACCUAUGAUGAAGGCAUUGUCUAUGAGAAGCCGCGCCUUGUCGAGAUCAAGAGACCGAUGGUAGACCCUAGGCAGGCCUCCGCCGGAAUGUUCAACGAGCUCGCAGGCAAGGUCAAGCGGUACGAUGGCAGCGAUUCCGAAGAGGGCGACGGCGUGACGACCGGUCCUUCACAUCCCAGCCUCGAGUCGCAGUCUCCCAUCACUCCGAGUGACAACGAACCACCAAAAAUCCAGGUCACGGCUACUCCAGCACCGCCGCCGCCUCCCCCCCCCAUGCCGGGCCAGUUGCCCGGUGCUCCUCCUCCGCCUCCGCCCCCGCCACCGCCUCCCAUGCCUGGAAUGCUCUCCCCUUCGUCCGCUGCAGGACCUCCGCCGCCACCCCCCCCUCCUCCCCCUCCGAUGCCCGGAACCCUCACCGGUGCUCCUCCGCCACCGCCGCCUCCUCCUCCCAUGCCUGGCGCGAAGGGCAUGCCACCCCCGCCGCCUCCUCCAAUGCCGGGCGCAGGGUCUAUGUCGGGCCGCUUCUUGUCUCAGCAGCCGGCAUUUACUUCAACCGCGUCGAUCGGCCUCCCCGUUGUCCGGCCCAAGAAGAAACUUAAGGCACUGCAUUGGGACAAGGUCGACUCUCCUCUGACUACGCAUUGGGCCGCCCAUGCCCCGUCCGCUGAGGAGAGGGAAGAGAAGUAUCUCGAACUCAGUCGCAAGGGUAUCCUGGACGAGGUUGAGAAGCUGUUUAUGGCCAAGGAGAUCAAGAAGCUUGGCCAAGCAGGCGGGAAGAAGGAUGACAAGAAGCAGAUCAUCUCUAACGAUCUGCGGAAAGCAUUCGAAAUCGCUCUUGCAAAGUUUUCUCAAUAUCCUGUUGACAGGGUUACGCAAAUGAUCAUCCACUGUGAGAAGGAAGUGCUCGACAACAUUGUUGUCAUGGACUUCUUGCAGAAGGACGAUCUAUGCAACAUCCCGGACAACGUAUCGAAACAGAUGGCUCCCUACAGCAAGGACUGGACGGGUCCGGAAGCGAACAAGGAGAACAGGGAACAGGACCCGGCCGAACUCACGAGGCAAGAUCAGAUCUACCUUCAAACCGCCUUCGAGCUCCACCAUUACUGGAAGAGCAGGAUGCGGGCCUUGGCACUGACCCGCAGCUUCGAGCCGGAAUACGAGGAGAUCACUGAGAAGAUCCGCCUAGUCGUCAGCAUCUCCGAGUCGUUGAGAGACUCGGUGUCGUUGAUGAACGUCCUGGGCCUCAUCUUGGACAUUGGCAACUACAUGAAUGAUGCGAACAAGCAGGCGCGCGGCUUCAAACUCUCGUCCCUGGCCCGCUUGGGAAUGGUCAAGGAUGAUAAGAAUGAAUCCACGCUGGCCGACCUCGUUGAGCGCAUCGUUCGAAACCAGUAUCCGGAGUGGGAGAACUUCACCGACGAUAUCACGGGUGUCCUCACCACACAGAAGAUCAACAUCGAGCAGCUGCAACAGGAUGCCAAGAGGUACAUUGACAAUGUCCGGAACGUGCAGAUGAGCCUCGACUCGGGCAACCUGUCGGAUCCCAAGAAGUUCCACCCGCAAGACCGAGUGUCCCAGGUGGUGCAGCGCUGCAUGAAGGACGCUCGCCGCAAGGCGGAGCAGAUGCAGCUGUACCUCGAGGAGAUGGUGAGGACCUACAACGACAUCAUGGUCUUCUACGGCGAAGACCCCACCGACGACAACGCCAGGAGAGACUUCUUCGCCAAGCUAGCGCUGUUUGUCAGCGAGUGGAAGAAGUCGCGCGAGAAGAACAUCCAGCUCGAGGAGACGCGUAAGCGCAACGAGGCCAGCAUGAAGCGCAAGCACGCGCAGCUCAAGAUGAUGAGCGCCGCGGGGAUCGAGGGCGCACCGGCAAGCCCGAUCAGCGCCGGCGCCAUGGAUAGCCUGCUCGAGAAGCUGCGCGCCGCCGCGCCGCAGGCGAGAGACCAGAGAGACAGGAGGAGGAGGGCGCGGCUCAAGGAUCGCCACCAGGUGCGCAUAGCCAGCGGCCAGAAGAUCCCCGAUCUCAACGAGAUCCCCGAGCUGGAGUCGGGCCUACAGAGCGCUAGGAGUGCGGGCAGCGGACUGAUGGACGAGGACGGGAACCCCAACCCGCUCAGCCCGGACCUACUCAGCCCGAAGGAGGCGGGAGAGGACGACGUCGCCGAGAGGGCGGCGAUGCUGCUGCAGGGGAUGCGGAGCGGCGUCGGCGACGGUGCGGACGACGCCGCCGACGCGGAGAAGAGGGAGAGCCUGCGGCGGUCGAGGCGUCAGACGGCCGACGAGGAGAGGCGGAUGAGGAGGCGCAGGCGGGAGAAGACGACGCCCAGCGGCGACGGGACGGGCAGAGACGACGCGAUGGCGGAUGCGGGAGAUGCGCUAACGCCUACGACCGAGGAAGCCCCGGGGGAUGAAAGGGAUGGCGAGUAA